AUGACUAGCUUUGCACUCUAUCUCAUGGACUGUAAAGAUGAAAAAUUUACCAUCCUGGUAGAACUCCGCAAGUGUGGCCUAACUGACACUGAGACCUGCUUAAAGUCAGUGACCCUCAACAUGAAUAAAGGACAGACGAUCGUSGAGGUCAAACCUGAUGGUGGUGUGUUUGUGAACUCCAUCUAYACCCAGCUGCCCAUGUCAGCAGCUAAUGUCACCAUGUUCAGACCUUCAUCRUUCUUCAUGAUCAUGGAAACAAGCUUUGGCAUGCAGGUUGAAGUGCAGUUCACACCCAUGAUGCAAGUGUCUGUSCGCCUGGAGGCUUCUUUCAAAGACCAGACUUGUGGUCUCUGUGGAAAUUUCAAUAACAUCCAAACUGAUGAUUUCAAGGUCAUAAGUGGAAUAAUUGAAGGGACAGCAUCAGCAUUUGCUAACACAUGGAAAACUCAGGCUUCAUGCCCUAAUGUCCAGCAGAGUUUUGAAAAUCCUUGCGCACUCAGCAUUGAUAAUGAAAAAUACGCUCAGCAUUGGUGUGGACUGCUCACUGACAGCACAGGACCUUUUGCUGCUUGUCAUUACGCAGUGAAUCCCGCUGUUUACCACACGAACUGCAUGUUUGACACAUGUAACUGUGAAAAUAGUGAGGACUGUCUGUGUGCAGCCCUGUCUUCCUACGUGAGAGCUUGUGCUGAAAAAGGAAUCCAACUGCAGGGAUGGAGGACCGAUGUCUGCUCAAAAUACACCACCUCAUGUCCCAAAUCCCUAAGCUACAGCUAUACCAUCUCUUCCUGCCAACCCACCUGCCGGUCUCUGAGUGAGCCUGAUGUCACAUGCAACAUUAAGUUUGUCCCAGUUGAUGGCUGCACCUGCGUAAAUGGAACCUACAUGGAUGAGAGUGGCAAAUGUGUGCCUGCUAAUGAAUGCCCCUGCUACUACAGAGGAUCUCCCAUACCAUUUGGAGAAGUUGUCCAYGAAAAUGGGCGUGUAUGCACUUGUGUCCAGGGAAGACUGAAUUGCAUUGGAGCACCAAAUCCAACUCCAGUCUGUGAAUCUCCCAUGGUCUACUUCGACUGUAAAAACAUCACAGCAGGAACAACAGGAGCAGAAUGUCAAAAGAGUUGCCAGACUCUGGAUAUGCAGUGUUAUAGCUCACAAUGUACAUCUGGCUGCGUGUGCCCAGAUGGGCUUGUAUUGGAUGGGAACGGUGGUUGUAUUCCUGAAGAGGAAUGUCCAUGUAUUCACAAUGAAGCCAUGUAUCAGCCUGGGGAAAAGAUCAACGUUGACUGUAACACCUGUGUAUGCAAGAAUAGGAAGUGGGAAUGUACCAAAGAUCAAUGUCUGGGCACCUGUGCUGUUUAUGGAGAUGGUCACUACAAUACCUUUGAUGACAAACGGUUCAGCUUCAAUGGGAAUUGUGAAUACACACUAGUCCAGGACCACUGUGGGAAAAGUGGCUCAGCCAAUGGAACCUUCAGGGUUGUCACUGAAAAUAUUCCCUGUGGCAACACUGGGACAACUUGCUCAAAAUCUAUCAAGGUCUUCUUAGAGAGCUAUGAGCUGAUCCUUGGUGAAGAGCGUGUCAGUGUCGUCAAGAGAGGAGAGAAUGAUGAGGUACCAUACACAGUGCGCUACAUGGGAAUGUAUUUCGUAAUUGAGACCAAAAGUGGUGUGAUCCUCAUGUGGGACAAGAAAACCAGCAUCUUCAUCAAGCUCAGCCCUGGUUUCAAGGGUCAGGUCUGUGGUCUCUGUGGAAAUUAUGAUGGCAACAGCGUCAAUGACUUUACUACAAGGAGUCAGUCUGUAGUAGAGAAUGUCCUGGAAUUUGGAAACAGCUGGAAAGUAUCUGCUACAUGCCCUGAUGCUUCCAGUGUCAAGGACCCAUGUUCUGCCAACCCUUAUCGGAAGUCCUGGUCAGAGAAGCAGUGCAGCAUCAUCAACAGCAACGUCUUUGCUGCCUGUCACUCUCAGGUUGAACCAGCAAAAUACUACCAAGCAUGUGUGACAGAYGCUUGUGCCUGCGACAGUGGAGGAGACUGUGACUGCUUUUGCACAGCAGUAGCUGCCUAUGCUCAAGCAUGCAGUGAAGUUGGUGUAUGUGUAGCCUGGAGAAGCCCAUCAAUUUGUCCACUGUUCUGUGAUUACUACAAUCAACAAGGAGAAUGUGAAUGGCACUAUAAGCCUUGUGGUGCUUCYUGUAUGAAGACCUGUAAGAACCCAAGUGGAAAGUGCCUCAAUGACUUGCCAGGUUUAGAAGGCUGCUACCCUAACUGUCCACCAGACAAGCCAUAUUUCCAUGAGGAUCAGAUGAAGUGUGUUAGUCUCUGUGACUGUUAUGAUGAUGAAGAUGGAAAGAUAUAUAAACGGGAUGAAUGUAACGUAUGUGAGUGCACCUCAGAAGGUUUACAGUGUGAGUUCGAUGAUACAGCCUGCAACUGCAUUUAUGAAGGGAAUAACUAUAAAUAUGGCGAACUCAUCUACAACACCACAGACGGGACUGGAUGGUGUUUCAGUGCAACAUGCGGGGUCAAUGGAACAAUAAGCAGAGACAUCUUUAAAUGUGGCAUUCUUACAACAACCCCAUUUGUAUUUUCCACAAGUCAGCCUACAACUACUGCUACAGAAAUGACAACUGCAACACCAGUGACAACUGUUUGUGUGAAAAAUGUGUGUGAGUGGUCAGAAUGGUAUGAUUCCACUCAGCCUGAAAACAAAGAGGAGAGUGGAGAUUAUGAAACAUUUCAAAAUCUCAAGGAUAAAGGAUACAGUGUGUGUACAAACCCAAGCGAAGUUCAGUGCAGAGCCAAAGAACACCCAGAUACAGAAAUUACCAACCUUAACCAAACAAUARAGUGCAGUCAAAGCAGAGGAUUAAUUUGCAACAACCAGGACCAAGAAUCUAAGAAGUGCUAUAAUUAUGAAAUCAGAAUAUUAUGCUGCAGAUACAUACCAUGUUCAGAAAUACAAACUACAAUGCCAACAACCACAGGAGAAUUCACAACUACUGCUGCAGAACCAACAACGUUUACAGUACAGACACCAGUAAAACCAACAACMCAAAAACAAGAAAGUGAAGUAACUACAACUCAACCUGAAGACAGAGAAAGAACGACUCCUCUGACCGAAACAUCAGUAGCAGCAACGACAUCACAAGUCACCACAACAGCUUACCAAACCACAUCAACUGUAGCWGAAACCUUCACUGCAGCAACCCAGGCACCAACAUCUGCCACGACAAUCUCUGAAAUUAAAAUAGGAACCACUGCUGGAACRACAGCUGUCCCCACUACCACAGCCACAGCCAGAGAGGGAACAACCAUCAUCGAAACCACCACCAACACCUCUCCCCCACAGACGGAAGGAACAACCACCAUCACUGAACCAACAACAGCCGUGCCCACUCCAGCCACCAGCACUGCCAGCACCUCCAGAAUAACCGAGGGAAGGACCACGACAGCCACCGCCACCUCUGCUCCAAGAGAAGCCUCCACUGCAGCGACUGAAGCUCCAACAUCUACCACAACAAUCUCUGAAGGUAAAAUAAAAACCACUGUUGGCUCUACAGCUCUCCCAACUACCACGGCCACAGCCAGAGAGGGCACGACCGCCAUUGCUACCACCACAAGGACAUCUCCACCUGAGACAAAAGGCACAACCAACAUCAUCCCAACAACAACUGUGCCCACCCCAGCCACUAGCACUGCCAGCACCUCCAGGAUCACUGAGGGAAGCACCACAAGAGCAUCAGCUACCACUGCUCCAAGAGAAGCUUCCACUGCAGCCACCGAAGCCCCAACAUCUGCCACGACAAUUUCUGAAAUUAAAAUAGGAACCACUGCUGGA